AUGCUUGUGGUUAUCUUUCUGGUGACGGUGGUGCUGUGGGGCGUCCUACAGCACUAUCGGCAGCGCCAGCGCCUGUUGCAGAUAGCGGCCCGAUUCGGCGGUCCGAAGCCGCACUGGCUGCUGGGCCAUCUGCCCCAGUUUCCGGUCAACGACAUACCGGGAAUCUUCGAGACGAUGGUAAGGCUGCACCAGCAGUACGGCCAGGACCUGUUCAACUGGGGCCUACUGAAUGACCAUAUGGUCAUCGUCAGCAGCCCGGAGAACGUGGAGAAGGUGGUGAUGGCGAAGCAGACGCAGAAGUCGAUGAUCUAUGAGUUCAUCGAGCCCUGGCUGGGACGCGGUCUGCUGAUCUCCAGCGGCGAGAAGUGGUUCCACCGGCGCAAGAUCAUCACGCCGACGUUCCACUUCAAGAUCCUCGAGGGUUUCGCCAGCGUGUUCAACCGGGAGGUAGAUGUGCUGGUGGACACGCUGCGACCGUACGCCACCAGCGGUAAGGAGUUCGAUAUCUACGAGCCGAUCUCGCUGUACGCGCUCGACAGCAUUUGCGAAACAUCGAUGGGAGUCUCUAUCAACGCUCAACACAAUCCCUCCAAUCAGUACGUGCGUGACGUGAAGCGCAUGAGCGAGCUGAUCCUGUUGCGCAUCUUCCACAUCCUCGGUUCAUUCCCGCGCACCUUUUGGACGCUGAUGCCGAACGCUUGGGAGCAGAGGAAGCUUAUUCAGCGGCUGCACGAGUUUACCGACUCCGUCAUCCACAGCCGGCGGCAGCAGCUGUUGGCGAAGCAGCAGCAACAACCGCAGUCCCAGGGCGAUGUUCCAGCGGACGACGAUAGUAUGAACGCGAAGCAGCGCCACACGUUCCUCGAUCUCCUGUUGAACGUGACCGUCGAUGGGCGCCCCCUGUCCGAUGCGGACAUCCGCGAGGAGGUCGACACCUUCAUGUUCGAAGGUCACGACACCACCACGUCCGGUAUCGCUUUUACGUUCUACCAGCUGGCCAAGCACCUCGACAUCCAAGAGAAACUCUACCAGGAGAUAGUGGACGUCCUAGGUGCGGACCACCGAACCACCGAACUAACCUACAGCACGCUCCAGAACUUCCCCUACCUGGAUAUGGUCGUCAAGGAAUCGCUGAGACUUCUUCCACCCGUGUCCAACAUUGGACGGCGGCUGGUCGAAGACCUGGAGAUGAAUGGAAUCACGGUACCGGCCGGCACGGACAUCAACAUCCCCAUCUAUGUGAUCCACCGCAACCCGGACGUCUAUCCCGAGCCGGAGCGAUUCGAUCCGGAGCGAUUCUCGGAGGAGAACACACAGCGCCGGGGACCGUACGACUACAUUCCGUUCAGCAUCGGCUCGCGGAACUGCAUCGGCCAGCGGUAUGCGCUGAUGGAGAUGAAAAUCACCAUCGUGCGAAUGCUCGCACACUACCGCAUUCUGCCGGGCAAGGCAAUGCCACAGGUACGCCUGAAGACGGACCUGGUCCUACGUCCCGACAAGGGUAUACCGAUUAAGAUCGUGCAAAGGCAGUAA